GAUGCCGCCGGGCGCCCCGUGACUGGACCAUGGCCCGCUCGCUGGCCUGGCGCUGCUGCCCCUGGUGCCUGACGGACGACGAGAAGGCGGCGGCGCGCCUGGACCAGGAGAUCAGCCGGCAGCUGCUGGAGCAGAAGCGACGCGAGCGAGGCGAGCUCAAGCUCCUGCUGCUGGGCCCGGGCGAGAGCGGGAAGAGCACUUUCAUCAAACAGAUGCGGAUCAUCCACGGCGCCGGCUACUCAGAGGAGGACCGCCGGGGCUUCCGGCCGCUGGUCUACCAGAACAUCUUCGUGUGCAUGCAGGCCCUGCUCGAGGCCCGGGAGCGGCUGUGCAUCCCCUUCAGUCGGCUGCAGAGUGAGCGCCACGCCAGCCUCGUCAUGAGCCAGGACCCCUACAAGGUGACCAGCUUCGAGAGGCGCUUCGCCGUGGCCAUGCAGUACCUGUGGAGGGACGCGGGUGUCCGUGCCUGCUAUGAGCGCCGGCGGGAGUUCCAUCUGCUGGACUCGGCUAUAUACUAUCUGUCACACCUGGACCGCAUCUCUGAGGAGAGCUAUGUCCCUACCGCACAGGACGUGCUCCGAAGUCGCAUGCCCACCACUGGCAUCAAUGAAUACUGCUUCUCCGUGCAGAAAACCAACCUCCGGAUUGUGGAUGUGGGAGGCCAGAAGUCGGAGCGCAAGAAGUGGAUUCACUGCUUCGAGAAUGUAAUCGCCCUCAUCUACCUGGCGUCGCUGAGUGAGUACGACCAGUGUCUGGAGGAGAAUAACCAAGAGAACCGGAUGAAAGAGAGCCUGGCCCUCUUCGGCACCAUCUUGGAGCUGCCCUGGUUCAAAAGCACGUCGGUCAUCCUCUUCCUCAACAAAACCGACAUCCUGGAGGAGAAGAUCCCCACCUCGCACCUGGCGACCUACUUCCCCAGUUUCCAGGGCCCGAGGCGGGACGUCGAGGCCGCCAAGAGCUUCAUCCUGGACAUGUACACCCGCAUGUACGCGGGCUGCGCAGACGCCGACGGGGACCGGAAGAGCGCGCGCUCCCGUCGCCUCUUCAGCCACUACACGUGCGCCACGGACACACAGAACAUCCGCAAGGUCUUCAAGGACGUGCGGGACUCCGUGCUGGCCCGCUAUCUGGACGAGAUCAACCUGCUCUGACCCGG